CCCGACUGUCCCCACCCUUCUGCUCAGCUCUGCCAGCCUACCUCAUCCGCAAACUGCCUUCUGCUAAGUUUCAUUGUAUCACCUCUGGCUACCGGGUCGUUCCCUACACCAACUUAUGAGGAUUUUCCCACGACUUUGUUUUGAAGCUGCACCGCGGAAAUCUCUCUGAAAUCCCACGGAUCGAUCCUGGUGCUUGAAACCAGAAGUGCCAACAGCCGCAGGAAUCGGCCUGUGUGUGUGUGUGCGUGUGUGUGUGUUUCCACAGCAGUUAAAUUGCUCAACUUAGCGUCUGUGUUGCUCUCAGUCUCACAUCAAACAUGUAUCAAGUCGUCAGGAAGCUGUUUUUCACGGACUGCUUGUGUGCUGAUGAUGCGUCCAAAACAUACGAAGAUCUGUUCGCCAAGCUGGACACCAACAAGGAUGGGAAAGUGGAUGUGUCUGAGCUGAAGGCGGGCCUGGCUGCCAUGGGUAUCAAGACUGGGAGAGAAGCAGCUCAGAAAAUAGUUUCCUCUGGAGACAAGGACAAAGAUGAGGGGCUCGACUUCAACGAGUUCACCAAGUAUCUAAAGGAACAUGAGAAGAAGUUACGACUGACCUUCAAGAGCUUGGACAAAAACAAUGAUGGUCGAAUAGACAUCACGGAGAUAAAGCAGUCAUUUGCCGAUCUGGGAAUGGACAUCAGUAAAGCCGAGGCAGAGAAGAUCCUUCAAAGUAUUGAUGCGGACGGCACCAUGUCUUUGGACUGGAAUGAAUGGAGGGAGCAUUUCCUGUUUAACCCAGCUACCAACCUGCAGGAGAUAAUCCGCUACUGGAAGCAUUCCUCGGUGCUGGACAUUGGUGACAGCCUCUCCAUCCCAGAUGAGUUCACAGAGGAGGAGAAGACGACCGGUGUGUGGUGGAAGCAGCUGGCAGCGGGGGCCAUGGCCGGUGCCGUGUCCCGUACAGGAACUGCCCCACUGGACAGAAUGAAGGUGUUCAUGCAGGUGCAUUCCACCAAGACCAACAAAAUCAGCCUGGUUAGUGGUUUUAAGCAAAUGUUAAAAGAAGGAGGCCCAACGUCUCUGUGGAGAGGAAACGGUAUCAACGUGCUGAAGAUCGCCCCGGAGACGGCCAUUAAAUUUAUGGCCUAUGAGAAGUAUAAGAAGAUGCUGGCCAGUGAACCAGGGACGAUCAAGACCCACGAGAGGUUCCUGGCUGGAUCGCUGGCUGGAGCCACAGCACAAACUGCCAUCUACCCCAUGGAGGUGAUGAAAACCCGUCUGACCCUGAGGAAGACCGGGCAGUACUCAGGAAUGUUUGACUGUGCCAAGAAAAUCCUGAAGACUGAGGGAGUGAAGGCAUUUUACAAGGGCUACAUCCCCAAUCUCAUCGGCAUCAUCCCCUAUGCUGGCAUAGAUCUGGCAGUGUACGAGAGCUUGAAGAACCUCUGGUUGUCUCGCUACGCCAAAGACUCAGCCAACCCUGGUGUGCUGGUGCUGCUUGGCUGUGGUACUCUAUCCAGCACAUGUGGACAGCUGGCCAGCUACCCCCUGGCUCUGGUCCGCACCAGGAUGCAGGCACAAGCUUCUCUUGAGGGCUCAGAGCAGCUGCCCAUGACCAAGAUUGUGAAGAACAUUCUGCAAAACGAAGGCUUCUUUGGACUUUACCGUGGCAUCCUGCCCAAUUUCAUGAAGGUCCUACCUGCUGUCAGCAUCAGCUACGUGGUGUAUGAGCACAUGAGGGAUAACUUGGGUAUUCAACAAAAGUAGGCAGCAGAGUCAUGUGUGACUGUGUGAGAGUGUCAGAGGAUGAGCAGCAAUUUUUCGUAUUUCAAACACAUUCUUUCAAACGUAUUAGGAAAUCUGUCGUAAAGAACUUGUUUACCAGUAGGUCACCAAAGAUGGAGUCACUGUAGAAGUUUUUAAAGUGAUUGCAGGACUUUGGCUAAACUGUUGAGCCAUUAUAAAAAUAGUUUACAAAAUCCUGCAGUUCUCACACAGGGCUUAUAAUGAUUAAUAAGACUUCUACAGUGUUUCCAUCUGUUAGUAAUUUGUCCAAUUUACAUUUAGGAUACACCCACAGAUUAUAGUGCACUGUAAUUCUCGGGGCUCAGUUUGGAUCAACUGACUUUCAGUUCAAACCAAAGAUGGGGAGUCCGAACACCAAAGACACUCAAGACAUUUUAAGUUGUGUUAUUGUGGAUUUGGGUAGAAAUGGUAAUGUUUUUGUAUCAGUCAUUUUAAGUAUGGGUGCUUUUAUGCCACGUUCCUCUAAUACUUGACCAAAACACACAUUUUUCUUUUUUUUCUUUUGCUUUCUUUAUCAAAAGUAGACACACCAAAAGUUGAAAAUUGACACCUUCCUUUCAUUUACAGACACUUGUUGAGCUUUAUAAACAGUUUACUACAAUAGGGUGUAGUAUUUUGUGAGUGGGGAGCUGUUUCAUGUUGAAAUCUGAGGAAACUGUUGAAGUGCAAUACUGUAUUUACUCUUUGGGGAUUCACAUGCUGGUAUAUUUGAGACAGGUUUGCACUUUUGGAAAUGGAUUUCACUCGAGUUUUGUUGGUCUGUUUUUUUGUAGGACGUCAUUAUUGCACCUUUUCAGUGGGUCUGGUGAACAGGAGAGUAAUGUGCCUUAUGUGCUGUUUCUCAGAUAUCUGUGGACUUCUACACCCUCUAUUUUUUUUCUUGCCUUUCAAUAUUUGGUUCAUUAGAUGCUGGUGUUUACAUUAAUAAAAACAUUUUAACAAACA